GAUAGAAUAAAUAUACCAGAAAAAAUACAUUUAUAUAUUCGUGCAAAUAUUGUGAAGGAGAGUAAUUGUUCGUGAGUCAAAGUCGCGUUAAGGUUAGACUAGCGGCACGAUUCCGGUCUUUGCUGUAUCGAUACGCAGAAAGCUCGAACUUCAAAGCCAAACUCUAGAUCGGAUCGCAAAUUCCACAAAGUUGCCAGCAAUCUCGCACACAAUCGACCAGGCUCCCUCGUCUCGCAAACGCCAAUUCAGAUGCAUUUCAUUGCUUCUGCAACGUCCUACUUUCACUGGUCCUUCAUGUUCCCUUAGAAGUCGCGAAUGUGGGGGCACAAGGGCACGACGUACAAUUCUGCUUGAGAUACCAAAUCACGUCCGGGCGAGCUCAGAUUGAGGCCCAUGGAUCGCAAGAGGAAGCGCGAAUUGCGCGAAUUGAAUAACCGUGCUUGGGAUGGAGAGAAAGGAGUCUACGAAGUGAGCAAGUCUCUCGACUCGUCUCUCAAAAAGAAUACAGCAUUCAUCAAACGACUCCGAACCGCUGUUUCUGCUGCAACCCUCAGCACCUUCCUGCAAGAGAUUCGAACACUCAGCCUACAUAAAUAUCUCUCUGAGAUCAUAUCAGCAUGUUACGAAGGGCUGUGCAAAUUGAAAUCGCCCGGAGAAAUCGAGGCUGGAGUUGAGAUAGUGAGCGCAUUGCAUCAACGAUUUGGGCCUGCAGAGUUCACAGAAUUCCUCGGAUGGCUUGUAGGCAAGGGAUUAGCUACGCCGGAGAAGUCUAUCCUUAAAACUCUUGCUACUGAAGCCAGGGAAAAGGAGGAGAAGGAACGCAUUACACGCCAAAGAGUUCUGCUGCGGGUUGUUACGGAACUAUGGCUCGUGGGGGUAUUGAGGACACUAGACGAUGUCAGCCGACCUGACGAUGCUUCCCGCGGAAAGGAAUCUCUUUCAACAAGUUCUGGAAAAGCCCCUGAAGUUAAAUCGAAGCCUGGUUCGUCAAGCAAGGGAGGUGGAGCCGAACCCUUUCCACUAGAAGUCCUCAAGGAUCUCUUAGGUCAUGAUAGGGAACAUGCCAACUUGCCAUUACUUGUCAUAUUCGUCAAGGCUUUUGGAUGGGAUAUUCUUGGCGUCAAGGAAGCAGGAUCGGAAGGCCGAAAGACGGUAGAAGAGGACGGUGCAACAAAGUCCUCGAACGGUACUACAGAUGGUGAAGAUGACUCUGCUGAGGAAUCUGGACCUAAUGGAAAUGGUACCGAUGACCCUCCUCUUGCUUCAUCAGAAUUACAGGAAAGAUUCCGCAACAUUCUCAAGCGAUACUUUGAGGAUUUGAAAAGCCAUCUUGUCCGAGACCAAAAGGCUAUUAGCAAGCAAGCACGCAAGGAUGCUGAGGCUUAUGUCAAAUCCGGUCAGGUAUUUGAGGACCGCCAGGCAAACUACGAGAAGGCGGUUAAGGCUCAAGAACGUUUGGUAUCAAAUUCUCAGGUCCUUGCAGAUGCCAUUGGUGCAGAGAUGCCGGAGUUGAAAGACUCCGAAGAUAGCUCAGCUACUGGCAGCGGAGGCAUUGGCCUUGUAAAGACUGGUGAGUAUCUACGAGGAGAGGGUGAUGGAGCAGGAAUCUGGGAAGACGAGGAUGAGAGGCGAUUUUACGAGAACCUGGUCGAUUUGAAAGGCAAGGUUCCGGGAAUGCUGCUCGAAGACGGGAAAAAAAAGAAAGCAGAUACUGAUGAUCAGGUUGGCAAGAAGGUCGAUCCUGCUGAUACUGCGGCCGCAGAAAAUGCUUUAGCCAACAAAGAGGACGACCAGUCAACUGCUAUUGCAAAUAAAACCAUUGGAGCACAGGUUGAUGCGCUUCUCGCUCGUCUACCAGAUCUUACCAACAAGGACUUGAUUGAUCAGGCCGCCAUUGACUUCUGCUUCGUCAACUCCAAGGCUUCCCGAAACCGGCUCAUUAAAGCUGUCCAAGAGAUUCCAAAAGGUCGUAGCGACUUAUUGCCCUCAUACUCUCGUCUUGUGGCUACACUAGGGAAAUACAUGCCAGAUAUCACGAAAGGUUUGGUUGAUCACCUCGAUCAAGAGUUUCGCAGUCUUCAGCGAAGAAAGGAGAAGGAAUUCCUGGGUCAAGCUCGUCUUGGCAAUAUCCGCUACCUUGCCGAAUUAACAAAAUUUGGAGUCGUCCCUGAGCAUGUAAUCUUCCAUUGCUUGAAGGUCAGUUUGGAUGAUUUUUCAAGGAUGAAUAUUGAGAUCAUCUGCAAUUUGCUUGAGAAUUGCGGUCGAUACUUGCUACGUAACCCAGAAACGUCGCCUCGUAUGGCUUCAUUCUUAGAGACUUUGAAACGCAAGAAGUCCGUCCAGCAUAUUGGUCAACAAGAACGCAUGCUUAUUGAGAACGCCGUCUACUACGUGGACCCUCCUGUCAGAGCUGCUAUCCAGCAGAAGGAGCGAACUCCCAUUGACUUGUUCAUUCGCAAGCUCGUCUACCUAGAUAUGAAUAACCGCAACUACACCAAGAUCCUGAAGCAAAUCCGAAGACUUCAUUGGGAAGAGACCGAGGUUGUCGCCAUACUUGAAAAGAUCUUCUCAAAACCUGGAAAAGUCAAGUAUGGUAACAUCCACCUUCUUGCUAUUCUGGCUUGCGCUCUGUACCGUUACCACCAGGACUUCGUUACAGCAGUCAUCGAUAAUGUCUUGGAAUACAUUGUGGUCGGACUGGAACAAAAUGACUUCAAAUUCAACCAGCGACGACUUGCAGAGGUCAAGUAUCUCGGCGAGCUUUACAACUACCGCAUGGUUGAUCACCCAGUUAUUUUUGAGACUUUGUAUCGUAUCAUGACGUUUGGUCACGGUGGCCCACCUGUUCCAGGUCGCCUAAAUCCUUUCGAUAUGCCUGAUGAUUUCUUCCGCAUUCGCCUAGUAGCAACUCUUCUCGAAACUUGUGGCAUUUUCUUCAACAGAGGAGCAUCGGGCCAAAAGUUAGACUACUUUCUAUCCUUCUUUCAGUACUACAUCUACACGAAAGAUCCACUUCCUAUGGAUAUUGAAUUCAUCGUGCAGGAUGUUUUUGCUUUGACUCGACCCCAAUGGAAGCUAGCGUCUAACAUCGAAGAAGCCGGGAAAGCUUUCCAACUUGCCAUGGCUAAAGAUGCGAAGACGUCUGGUAUCGAUAGAGCUGCCGAACCUGAGGAGCAAGACAGUGAUGGAUCUUCAGAUGAUGGCAUGGGUGAUAACGAGAUUGAUGCAGGUCUUCAAGAAGCUGACGAAGAGUCUGAGGAAGACGAAGAAGUAGAUGUCGACCUCAAUGGGGAUGCUGCUGUUUCCACACCGGUUUCUGACUCCGAAGAGGAGGCUAUCGUUGUCACUCGUGAAGAAGAAGAAAUUGAUCCCGAAGACGAAGCAGACUUCGAGCGUGAGUAUGCAAAGAUGAUGGCUGAAUCUCUAGAAUCUCGCAAGCACGAACGAAAAGCUACAUUCGAUGUGCCUCUGCCCAUGUUGCGUAAAAACCCAAACACAGUCGGCGAGUCUUUUGCCGAAGAACAUGCCAGCGGAAAUGCGACCCCUCCAGGGACAAUGGCAUUUUCGCUACUUACAAAGCGUGGCAAUCGUCAACAGACUCGAACCGUCGCACUCCCCUCUGAUUCAACAUUCGCGGUCGCCAUGAAAACUCAACAAGCCGCUGAACGAGAGGAGCAACAACGAAUCAAAAACCUGGUUCUGAAUUACGAUCUUCGUGACGGCGAAGAUCAAGAUGGUGAUUCAGCACAUGACCCCUUAUUCCCAAACCCCAAUAUUCACAAUCGCAAUGCAGGACUAGAAAAGGCCGCCGCUUUGACGUAUUCCAGACCUGAUAAGUCUGGCAAUAAUCGCAGUGGUCAGCGGGCUAGGAAGUUGCAACUCAGUGAUGUCGAUUGGUAUGCUUCUAAACCAACUUUCUCCCAUGUUGAGCAAUCCGAAACUUCAUUAUCUCCUUUGGAUGGGCAAGGCCGUCUUGCUUCUUCUGCUCCGAACUCUAGGUCUUCUGAGGAGAACUCUGCUUCUCAGCGCAUUAUCGAGGCCUCUAAUAGAGCCAGGGGUCGUAGUCGCGGCAGACUCACAAGGAAGGAAAUGCUUGAGGCUCACGCUUCUCUGGGUGAUGGCUCGAAGCCUCCUCGGAAGAAGUAGUCUUUUUGAUGACUCUGAGCACAGCCAGUGGAUAUGUGCUCUUUCACUGUCGUAUUCUUGUACAAGUACACACGAAAAACGAAACGAUUUGCUGAUGACAACCCCACUUUGUGUGGGGAUAUUAGGACAUGAUCAGAUCUGCUGUUAGUUGCUACCAAGAUUGACUUCUUGGAGCUUACUGGCAAUAUCACUUCUUCUCUG